AAAGGGCAAUUUCUUGCUCGAUUUUCCUGUCCUUCAUCAUUUCCGCUAGCAAUGACCACAUUUAUUUCUCGUUGAAUAAUAUGCUAUCACAAGUCCUGUAAUAGAUGUUGAAGUUAUUUAUUGAUUUUAGCUAGUAACUCAAGAACGGAGACUCAGUACAACAGCUUCAAGAACGAUGGCAGCAAUGUCUUUGGGAUUUAUCGUUCUUGUAACACCCUGGACUAUUCAAGAAGUGGUGGCAGCUUGCACAGGGUCCCGCGCUCCAGCUUCUCUGGAUUUUUUGGCGACCUGGCUAGCUCUAAGCAACAGCUUUUGGAAUCCGUUUCUCUACUGGCUUCUGAACAAUCAUUUCAGGAGAAUCAGCAGAGAGCUGUUAUUCAGCAGGUUUCGAUGCAGAAAGUCCCACCAUCAGAAACAGCAACACUUCCAGAAUUUUCAGCACCAACCGCACUGCUGCAGCAACACCAACGUCAGCGCCGUCUUCAACCACUCACCCGGUUGCGAUUUCGAAGGCCUCUCGGAAAAAUAUUGGGGGGAAAUUCUCGAGCGGACCCUAUCGUCGACCUCGUUGCACGCCCUGCAAAGAGCGUACUCACAUCCCAGAAUGGAUUCCUGCAACGGAUUGCAGGAAAUGAGAGUGUUGGACACGGCCGUUCCGGAUUUAUGAAAGUUAGAUAAGACCACACAGACGUUCGAUCUCAUGAAUAGCGACAGUAUGGGCAGCUCGUGUGAGACUGCGAUAUUGAAGUGAUGUGUGGUCAGAGACUAUCCUAGACUAUGAUAAGACGUUGUGGAACGAUUUAUGACAAAAGAUGUGGAUUUUGGAAACGAUAUUCUGAAUUUGAUCACGUUUGAUCGUGAGUGUUUGAGAGCGAUUCAGUUUGACGAAAACGAUAUACUGGGUGGCUACUUUUUAAUGGGAUAAUUGUUUGAAACUGAUUGCAUUCUUUCUGUUCUAUAUGGAUAUUAAUCUGAAUAUUCGCAUAGAAUAUAAAUAAUAAACUGCACU